GCACAAAUCAAAACACAUAAAGUUUUGCGUUAACUCCUAGUUUAGAUUUUGUUGUAUAUAUAAAUGGUUGAAAUAUCAUGCAAAGAAGAAGAUAUAACAAUGAGAGAAAACAUCGACAAUCCUCUUGGUAUAUUAUCAUUAAAUCACAUCUCAAUUAGGUGUCGUUCCGUUGAAAAAUCUCUUAACUUUUACCAAAAUGUCCUUGGAUUUUUCCGUAUUAGAAGGCCAGGUUCUUUAAAUUUUCACGGUGCUUGGUUGUUUGGUUAUGGUAUUGGCAUACAUUUGCUAGAGUCUGAUGAUGAUUCAAUUGGCAAACAUACACCCGUUAGAGGGAUUAAUCCCAAGGACAACCAUAUCUCCUUCCAAUGCGAGAAUGUGGCGAUGGUAGAAAGUACGCUAAAGGAGAUGGAAAUAGACUGUGUUAAAAACAGGGUGAUGGAAGGUGGAAUUAGUGUUGAUCAACUCUUCUUCCAUGAUCCAGAUGGUUUCGUGAUUGAGGUUUGCGACUGCAACAAUCUCCCCGUGGUUCCACUAAAAGAACUUGAUUUUUCUAUCCGUGAAGUAUGCUUGCUAACACGAUCAGGUGCGUGAAUUUCACGCAUACAAUGCAACCACCGUACCCUUAAUUAGCGCGCAUAUGCGACACAUGCAUUAUGCAUUAUGCAUUAUGCAUUAUGCAUUAUGCAUACGCUCCUUGGAUGUACAAAGCCCUGAUACGGCUAUACAUGUAAUUGUAAUAUAUCAUUGUGCAUUGCGAUUCAUCAGCAUGAACUAACUCAUCAAGGUUCAUGGUUGACUUUUUUUGUACCCUAGAGAUUCGACGACAAAACUCUUCUUUGUAUUGAUAUUAUACACUUUUUUUUUUUUUUUUUGUGAAAUGUAUUUCGUAUUACGUGGUGUAAGUGUUGUUGGUUUAAUAAAAGUGUAUAAUUUGUUUUUGA